GGGGCGGCCGGCGUCGCGCGGGGGCACACGGGCUGGGCGUCGCGCCGCUGCCGCCUUGGCUAGGGUGGGGGGCUUUCCUCUCCCGGGAAGAGACGAACUAAAUCUGUUGGAGGAAAAGCAACGCACCAAACGCUCGCGGAGCCGAACGCCGCUUCACCCCGUCGGGACCCGGAUUGCACAGCGGACUCCACCUUGGGGGGGAAGGGCCUCUCCCCGGGGCUGGCGAGAACCGCGCUUCGGCUGCUCCAGCGAGCCCUCUGACCUCCCCGCCCCCGCUCGCCCCUCGCGUGUCGGGACUUGUUCGGCGCUCCCGCUCCUGAAGGCAACGCAGCCUCGCGUCCUCCGGCAGGAAUCCGCGUCGCCUCCGGGCAGCGGCAUUUGAUGCCCGCAGCGUCGGGGCCGGCGGCGCGCGGACGGGACGCGGCGAAGCGGGGCGCGCCGAGCCGCCCCGGGGCCGGCUCCCGGCUCGCAGGCCCGCUCGAUGCGUGUUUCUGAGUGAGUCGGCGGCUCCCCAACCCGCCUCGGCGGUGCUCUCCUCCUCCCUCCUCCUCCUCCUCCUCCUCCUCCUCCUCUUCCUCUCCGGCCAACUCCCGCCUCCGAGCCGGCCUGCAAAUGGCUUCGUUCCCCGAGACCGACUUCCAGAUCUGCCUGCUGUGCAAGGAGAUGUGCGGCUCGCCGGCGCCGCUCUCCUCCGGCUCGUCCGCGUCGUCGUCGUCCUCGCAGACGUCCACGUCGUCGGGCGGCGGCGGCGGGGGCCCGGGGGCCGCGGCGCGCCGCCUGCACGUCCUGCCCUGCCUGCACGCCUUCUGCCGCCCGUGCCUCGAGGCGCACCGGCUGCCGGCGGCCGGCGGCGGCGGCGGCGGCGGCGGCGGCGCGCCCGGGGAGCCCCUCAAGCUGCGCUGCCCCGUGUGCGACCAGAAAGUCGUGCUGGCCGAGGCGGCGGGCAUGGACGCGCUGCCCUCGUCCGCCUUCCUCCUCAGCAACCUGCUCGACGCCGUGGUGGCCACGGCCGACGAGCCGCAGCCCAAGAACGGGCGCGCCGGGGCCCCGGCGGGCGCGGGCGGCCACAGCAACCACCGGCACCACGCGCACCACGCGCACCCGCGCGCGCCCGCCUCGGCCCCGCCGCCGCUCCCGCCCGCGCCGCCGCCGCCCGCGCCGCCCCGCUCCGCGCCCGGCGCCCCGGCCGCCUCCCCGUCCGCGCUGCUGCUGCGCCGGCCGCACGGCUGCAGCUCGUGCGACGAGGGCAACGCGGCCUCGUCGCGCUGCCUGGACUGCCAGGAGCACCUGUGCGACAACUGCGUCCGCGCGCACCAGCGCGUGCGCCUCACCAAGGACCACUACAUCGAGCGCGGCCCGCCGGGUCCCGCCGCCGCCGCCGCCGCCGCCGCCGCCGCUGCCGCGCAGCAGCUCGGGCUCGGGCCGCCCUUCCCCGGCGCGCCCUUCUCCAUCCUGUCCGUGUUUCCGGAGCGCCUGGGCUUCUGCCAGCACCACGACGACGAGGUGCUGCAUCUGUACUGUGACACCUGCUCAGUGCCCAUCUGUCGCGAGUGCACGAUGGGCCGGCACGGCGGCCACAGCUUCAUCUACCUCCAGGAGGCGCUGCAGGACUCCAGGGCACUUACCAUCCAGCUGCUGGCCGACGCACAGCAGGGCCGCCAGGCCAUCCAGCUGAGCAUCGAGCAGGCCCAGACGGUGGCGGAACAGGUGGAGAUGAAGGCCAAGGUGGUACAGUCGGAGGUCAAAGCCGUGACUGCGCGGCACAAGAAGGCCCUGGAGGAACGGGAGUGUGAGCUGCUGUGGAAGGUGGAGAAGAUCCGCCAGGUGAAAGCCAAGUCCCUGUACCUGCAGGUGGAGAAGCUGCGACAGAGCCUCAACAAGCUGGAGAGCACCAUCAGCGCUGUGCAGCAGGUCCUGGAGGAGGGGCGGGCGCUGGACGUCCUGCUGGCCCGGGACCGCAUGCUGGCCCAGGUGCAGGAGCUGAAGACCGUGCGCGGCUUCCUGCAGCCCCAGGAGGAUGACCGGGUCAUGUUCACGCCCCCGGACCAGGCCCUGUACCUGGCCAUCAAGUCCUUCGGCUUCGUCAGCAGCGGGGCCUUCGCGCCCCUCACCAAGGCCACGGGCGACGGCCUCAAGAGGGCGCUCCAGGGCAAGGUGGCCUCCUUUACCGUCGUCGGCUACGACCACGACGGGGAGCCUCGCCUCUCGGGGGGCGACCUGAUGUCGGCCGUGGUCCUGGGCCCCGACGGCAACCUGUUCGGUGCCGAGGUGAGCGACCAGCAGAACGGGACGUACGUGGUGAGCUACCGGCCGCAGCUGGAGGGCGAGCACCUCGUGUCGGUCACCAUGUGCAACCAGCACAUCGAGAACAGCCCCUUCAAGGUGGUGGUCAAGUCGGGCCGCAGCUACGUGGGCAUCGGACUCCCGGGCCUGAGCUUCGGCAGCGAGGGCGACGGCGACGGCAAGCUGUGCCGCCCCUGGGGCGUGAGCGUGGACAAGGAGGGCUACAUCGUCGUGGCCGACCGCAGCAACAACCGCAUCCAGGUGUUCAAGCCGUGCGGGGCCUUCCACCACAAGUUCGGCACCCUGGGCUCCCGGCCCGGGCAGUUCGACCGGCCAGCCGGCGUGGCCUGCGACGCCUCCCGCAGGAUCGUGGUGGCCGACAAGGACAAUCAUCGCAUUCAGGUCUUCACGUUCGAGGGCCAGUUCCUGCUCAAGUUCGGCGAGAAGGGAACCAAGAACGGGCAGUUCAACUACCCUUGGGACGUGGCGGUGAACGCGGAGGGCAAGAUCCUGGUCUCAGACACCCGGAACCACCGGAUCCAGCUGUUCGGGCCCGACGGCGUCUUCCUGAAUAAGUACGGCUUCGAGGGGGCUCUCUGGAAGCACUUUGACUCCCCCCGGGGCGUGGCCUUCAACCACGAGGGCCACUUGGUGGUGACCGACUUCAACAACCACCGGCUCCUGGUCAUCCACCCCGACUGCCAGUCCGCGCGCUUCCUGGGCUCCGAGGGCACGGGCAACGGGCAGUUCCUGCGCCCGCAGGGUGUGGCCGUGGACCAGGAGGGGCGCAUCAUCGUGGCCGACUCCAGGAACCACCGGGUGCAGAUGUUCGAGUCCAACGGCAGCUUCCUGUGCAAGUUUGGCGCCCAGGGCAGCGGCUUCGGGCAGAUGGACCGCCCCUCCGGCAUCGCCGUCACCCCCGACGGGAUGAUCGUGGUGGUGGACUUUGGCAACAAUCGGAUCCUCAUCUUCUAAUCCCGCUCUCUGGGCUUCUGUGUUGGGGUGUGCGCGUCUCCCUCUGUCUCCGUUGGAAUUUCAAAGAAGAAACAGUCUCAGGGAAAUUUCUUUUUUUCUUUUGUUGAAAGAGAACAAGAAGAGUACAACAUUGCUUGAGUCCUACCUCAUCUUUAUUUUUUUUACAGAUGAAUGUACUUCUCUUUUCUGCAGGGAUUGAGCCUGUGACGUGAUAAUUUCUAUCUACCUCAUGAAUCUUUGCAUUUCCUUCCCCAGCAGGCCCUCUGCCCUCCUCCCCACCCUCACUCAGUGGAGUUCACGUUUCCCUCUGACCCUCCGUGGGGCGUGAUAUGCACAAGCCUGGCGUCUCUGUGGCUGGGUGGGGGGCACUGGAUGUGUGUGGUGGGGGUGUAUUCUGUAGAUUGAGCCAAGGAAACAUGAAAAAACUACGUAAAAAAAAAAAAUGAAAAACUAUAAAAUGUGGAAAAAUAAGAUUUAAAAAUGCUUAAUUAUAGAGUAUUUGUGUUCUGGAGAAUACUGUGUUUUGGGGAUUAGAUUGUGUUGUGUGAUCUUGAUCUUUUUGGGAGACUUUCUGAUUUUUUUUGUGUGUUUUUUUUUUUAAAUGCUGCAACAGAGAACUUUUCUGUGUUCUCCUUUUAUACCUCAGUGUGUUUAUCAUCCUGUUCAGCAUCUUUUCUUAUUCCUAGAAACUGUGGCUGUGUCUGUGGCUUGCUAGCCAAGAAAAGCAGACUGUUCUAUUCAUACUUUAGGAUAUGUGACCCUUGUUUCCUUUAAGGGACGUUGGGUACACCUGCGUGUUUGUGGGUCCGAGUCAUCUUACGCCAGAAUAGUAAAGCUGCGGGUGAUAAACCACCACCCGAAGAAACUUUUCUUCUCACGCUUGGGUUUCUAAAAAAUAGAUGUAGCUUAGGAUUUUGGAUUAAAAGUAUUCUCAAAAGUUAAGUACUCUUAGUUUGCUGUUGGUUAUAAAGUUCAGUGGAAGGAAGAAGAAAAUCAACCUCGUUCUCAGAAAAGAGGGUGUCCGGCCUGCCUGACCGGCUGACUUGUGUGCGGGCGGGCAGGCGAGUGCCGAGGUAGUCCACCUAGAGCAUGAGAAAGAAACAGGCUACCCCGGCACUCUGAGGGAGGGUGGAGGUCAGUCCCCGACCCCGGCUUGAAUGUCGUUCUGUUAAUGCGAAGUGUUUCUUUUCCUAAGAAGAGUAGGCAAAGAAACGACCUUUUCCUUUAAAAGCACAAUUUUUUUCCUGCUUUGGAAGUUCAGGGAAAUAGAAUGUUUGAAAGUCAGACGGGAACAGCUCACCCCCGCACCCUCUGCCCGGGUCGCUUUUGCAGAGCGGUCUGCUUCCGAGCCACGCAGUAGGACCUCGUGGUUCACGUGGAUUUUUUUUUUCCCCCAAAGGCCUUUGAAUGUAAAGGAUUUGUAAACCAAAUUGCCCCAACCCAACACGUAGGAUGCAAUGCCUUUUGUGAAACCUCUCUCGGUACCAAAGAAUGAACACUUAAGCCAGGCUCCCACUGCAGAACUGUGGGAUGGCGUCCGUCACUUUACAGGGUUGGAUUGUUGUAAGCCGGACUCGGGUACAGAGCCUUGUGCAUCUGGGCAUUACCUGUCUUUCAGGUGGGAAGUAGGUAUAGCUGACGUUCUGCUUGUGAGGACCCACGUGGGUCCCUGCAUUCCCCCAAAUGCUGAGUAGGAACCAAAUUCCAGAGUGGCGCACCUCGGGAGGAAGAGGUGGUCUCUGACGAUGGGCUCACGGGGACACCUCUUGUCGAAACAGAAGGACUGACGGGUCAGCGUCUGUCCCCGUAUGUACGAGAAAAUUACCCUUGCAAUAUGGACGUAGUUUUAAACGAACAGGAAGAGCUAACAUGUGCAGAAAUGUGUUUUCUUCCUCCCGGAGGAAGAAAGGGUGCCGGGGGCAGCGUAGCGAGCCAAUCAAUGGUCUCCUGGACAUGUGCCACUUUCAGGGGACCCUAGGUCUUCCCCGUCGCAUUAGAGCAGGGUUUCUGAAUGACCAAUGUGGGGAAAAACUCAUAAAGGAGAACCGCAUGCAAUAAAGGAUCCAAAAAUUGGAAAGUAGCUUCCAGCUGCUGCCUCCCGGCUGCUGUGUUUCAGGGGGAGGAGGCGUCAGGAAAUCCUGUUUUGGAAAACCGCCUUGUACUGAAGCAUUUGGUAUUGAGUCCUUCCCUAGUUCCUAUUCAGUUGCCUCUUAUUUGUCCCUAGGUUCUAAGUCCUUUGGUAAAGGGUUUGUAUAAUUAAACAUUUUUGUUGUUUUUUAUUUUGGAAUAACUUGGUGCUGACCUUCCUCCCUUCGCCCUCUCCCCCCAACCACCCAACAAACCACCCUUUAAACACCAAAGACAACUGGUUUUAAAUGCUUACGAAACUUUAUUCUAAAGAAAUGGGUCUUGGAAAUUCUUAGAAAUGUUCUCGGAAACCUGGGAUGAGUUACUUCAGGUAGUCACUACCUUUGAGUCUCCCAUCUGUGUUCUGAUCUGCCCUUCCCGGGGCCCCCGUAAGUGGGGGGCUCGCGGGACCCGAGUGAGAACUUCUCUUGGUGAGUGGCGGUAACGGGAAACUGCUAAGUUAGCAUUUCUCUGUGGAUUUGGUUGUAAAGCCAGGGUUUCCACACGGGACCGAAAUGAUCGGGUCUUAGUUAAUAGACUGACCAGUUUGCAGGCUCAAAGCUAGUAGGUCCCCCCUCCGGAAUCAGUGUGGAGGUACAAGGUGCUGCCUCUUGCCCUCGGGGGCGGGACACCUCCUUACCUUCCUGCACCCAAAACUGGGCAUCGCUGCCAUUUGAGAAGCAUGGUCACACUUGGGAAGCUUUUGUUUCUAAAACACUGGCCAUCUGUGGCUGCCCAUGAUUGACUCCUGACCCACAGGGAUCGGUGCGAAGCACUUUGGAGUGUGUUUGUUGUACAAGGUGGAAUGCUCCAAAUCAAAGAGUGAGGAGAAGAGCCAACAUUUGGAACUCUGGUGUGAGUGAGGCUGUUCAAAAUAAGGGUUUUUAACUGGAUAUUUCCUGCCCGUUUAUGAGGUGAUGCUAGGGUAGGUAGGAAUUGGGUGGAGGAGAGGAGUCUUAAACAUGGUGAAAAGAUAAGGUCGUGGGUGCUGCGAAGGAGGAAGGAGUAUAAACUGUUUCUAAUGAGUAAAUGUGCUGUUCAGACAAUAAUCCCCAUGUUUGUCUGAUCUGGUCAGGUGGCAGGGUGGCAUGGGGCGCAAGGUCGGUUUAUGCUUGGACAAGAUCCCAAUUGGAUUUGGGUAUGUAAGUUUGGGUAUCGAGAUGGCUAAAUAAACCGUGGAUAAAAACCACUUUUGGUUGACAGAGUUGACAUUUCAGAAGUGUUAGUCUUUAAAAUUAAAAAAAAAUUAAAAAAAGUCU